AUGGACGGUGGUGGUCGGUAUUCCCGCUCAUGGAAAUGUCAGGUUUCUGUUGGAGAACUUUACAGGUGGAUAUUGGCUAAACUGUCAGAUAAAGAUAUUAAACGUGCUCUCCAUAAGUACAGAGAUCUCAUGCCUCGUCAAUCGGACUGGAAUCGUAAACUUACUCAAGCAACUAAUAUUCCCGAGUUGGGUUUUCGAUACCUCUAUCGCUGUGGACAAAUCGAUGAAACUAACCAUCGAACAAUGCAAAAGAUGCUCAAAUAUAUUGAUCGGCAGGAUGUCCUGCCCUACUUCGACACGAUUUUAUACAACACAAACAAUGCUAAUUGCUCUAUAGAAGAACUACAAAAAUCAUUACUCGAUAGGGUUGAUGUCUUUCUGAGGGCCUCUACAGCUCUUACUGAGGACGAGGUUCAUCCUGAUCUGCCAUAUGAAGUUCAUCAGUGUCAACCCCUUGCAGAUCGUAGGCUGACCAGGUCACUGAGUAAACGCAAAUAUUCUGAGGGGCCUUUACAGUGUGUGACAGUGGCGAAGCGACCUCGUCGUAGCUCUAUAUCUCUUCUGCCCCCAUCUCCAGGCGAGAUAUCAACGGUUCCUUCAGAUUCUUCGCCCUUGGAUGGUUCCCUGAUGCAUGACCUAGUCAAUAGCUGCUGUUGCCAAGUUCACUCGGCCAUAAUGGCUUGCACUCUAGCCGGGCCAUCAAUGCAGACGAUUCUCAACGCCUCUCUGGUUAGCAUGUUGGCUGUGCUCCACUUCACCCUUUCCCAUGCUUUUGGUUCGGCAAAUCAGUCAAGUACCUCCCCCAUUGCUUCCGCCUCUUACGCUAUUUCCAACCCCACCACCAAUACCACUCCACCCCUUGCUCCCAAUUCCACCGCUAUGUUUCACACUCCUGGUGCUCUCUCGCACUCCCGUCUUCUUGCUGCAAUGCCCCAUUUGGUCUCCAUGGUACGGUUACACAUGUCUUCCUUCACUUACCCCUUGCGGAUUCCUCAGGGAUUUAGACCGGCUUCGGAGCCAACCGCCCCUCACUUGUCCUUGCAUCACCCCACUCUUGCGGUGCCUCAGAAUGGUGACCUCUUCCAGCGCCGAAUUCUCCUUACCGGAGGUGUAGGUAUCACGGCCUCGCCAAACGAUUCGUGCAUUCACUACUACUGUCGUAUUCGGCUUCGCGUUAAAGUCGAUAUUGGAUCCUCGCGGGAGGCUUUGAACCUGAUUCACGUGGAUCGGCCUGAUCCUUUCACCCGUCAGGUGGAUAUGUUCUUGCAAGCCUCAAACCUUCUUCGCUCCCGUUGUCCCAGUGAGUAUAUUUGCAGCCUACGAUUUAACCGACUUCAUCAUCUGGAGGCCUUCUGGCAUGAUUACACUACUGGCGCGCUCAGAAAAAUGCUGAUGGCGAAUCUACUGAAUCCAGAAACUCUUAGUCUAGUGGGUUUGGGUUCAUGGGCGAUUGGCGACGAUAGUUCUGGUCCGAGGAGCACGUCAAACGUCACGGAGAGGUUCGGUAGACGCGGGGAUGCCAGAUUUUCAUCGUCGCGCCAAUCACGCCGAGGUCGAACUUCCCGUAGUCGCUCCUCGUCUUCAAGACCAUCUGUGACGGAAAUGGGGAAUUCAGUGAUGCCCUCAAUAUCUCUACCAUCAGCUUCACAAAAGUAUACACCACUAGAGUCGCUUCGACGAGCACUUCUGUCUGUACGUCGUUAUCUGUUCCAUCUCUCCAUUGUGGAACCACAAUCGGUCUCACCACUUCAACAACCAGCUCCGCAUCAUCACGAUGUACCACCCCCACCACCGCAUCUGCAGCAUCAACAACCUGUCUCCCCUCCCAGUGACUUUGAUCUCUUUCUCUUCGUAUCACGUCGUGAGUACGAAAAUUCACGACUUCUGUUGAUGCGUAAUGAGCGGACCAUUCCGAGCCUAUGCCGCCUUGUAGCUGCCUCACAGUUUAUGCCCACUCCUUCAACCGCAGCUAUCACUGCGGCUGCUCCGAUUUCAUCGCCAUCUAGUAGAUCUCCUCAGGGCCAAUCAUAUUCCUAG